AUGAGGGAAGUCCAAGUAACUCAGACCAACGACUACACACCGCCAACUGACACUAAACCCCUACGUUUUUCUUCAUGCGGUCCCAAGGUCUGGAUGUGCCUCGCUCUCACUGCCUACUGGCUUCUUGUUCGCGUUCUCCGUUAUAGACGUCGUGAUAGCGUCUCUCGUCGCCUCAAUUACCCUGAUCGCUCGUCGUGGAGCCGUAUGACACUUCAAGAUGCGCAUUCCAUGCAGCUCGCUCUUGCCGAAUUAGAGUUCCCGACCGUGUUUUCUGUUUCCGUGUUCUUCGCUCUCUUCAAGACGUAUGGCAUCCCCGGCAUUUCUAAGCUGCUGGUCCCAACAGGACAAUUGUCAGAUUCUGAGACUGCAUCCAAACGAGCCGCAGAUACUGGCGUCGUGAUCACCGAGGUAGUGCUGAACAAACCAGACUCUGAAAGAGCGAUCAGUGGCAUAGCACUCAUGAAUUACCUUCAUGGUCGAUACAUCAAGGCUGGGAAGAUAUCGAAUGACGAUAUGUUAUACACACUUAGUCUUUUCGUGCUCGAGCCAAUCAGAUGGACGGCCAAAUACGAGUGGCGUGGUGUAACGGAGUUUGAGAGAUGCGCCAUGGGAGUCUACUGGAAAGAUUUGGGUGAGGCGAUGAACAUAUCGUACGAUACUCUACCUUCUGCGGGCCAAGGAUGGCGAGACGGGUUGCACUGGCUCGAAGAAUUGGAGGCGUGGAGCCUCGCCUACGAAACUCGGAAUAUGGUACCCGCCGAUACGAAUGCAACACUCGCUCGCGGCACGUUCGAUAUCGCCUUAUUCAACGUGCCUUCCAUUCUCAAACCGUAUGGGUUCACUAUAGCUUCUUCGUUGCUCGAGCCACGUUUGCAGAAGGCGAUGAAGUUACCGCAACCGCCAGCUGCCUACACACAGAUCCUUGAAACUGUCGUCGAGAUUCGGAAAUUUGCAUUGCGAAACUUCUUCCUCCCUCGACCGCACCUCCUACGUAAGGAAUGGUUCACAGAACUCGAUGGAAAGACUGGACGCGCCCACUUCGGCCAAUACAUUGCUCACCCUUGGUAUAUAAAGCCGACAUUUAUCACAAGAUGGGGACCGAAGGCGUUGUUACUGCGACUUAUUGGAGGCGCCGUUCCUGGAGAUGAAAAGUACCAUCCAGAUGGAUAUCGUAUUCAUGAGCUCGGUCCGUUGGAGCUCGUAGGAAAGGGUGACACUGAGAUGGGUAAAACGAGGGAAGAACUAAGAGCGCGAAGAAUGGGGUGUGUCUUCUCUCGGCGAUGA